GUAGGAAGCACUCCUGUUGUAUGGGUGUUGGUUCAAUUCGAUGUUAGAGUCAACGUCUUGGUCUUUAAGCAUGGUGAUAGUGUGCCCCCUGAUGUGAGAAAAUAUAAAAGGAAGAACUAUACCGAAAAUGUUCAGGAAAAUAAAAACGAAUAGCCUAUUAACUUGGAGUUCAGGUAUAAAUGAGGGUUAGUUGAAGCUUUGUUUAUUGACAAAUGUAACCAAUAAUUGAAUUUUCUCACUCUACAUGUCAAAGAGAUAAAUGGUGAAAACUCUA